AUGAACCGCACUGCUGCUUCUAUAUCCGAGUUCACACAGGGCACAAACCGCACCGCUGCCACUAUAUCCGAGUUCACACAGGGCACAAACCGCACCGCUGCCACUAUAUCCGAGUUCACACAGGGCAUAAACCGCACAGCUGCCUCUAUAUCCGAGUUCACACAGGGCACAAACCACACCGCUGCCACUAUAUCCGAGUUCACACAGGGCACAAACCGCACCGCUGCCACUAUAUCCGAGUUCACACAGGGCACAAACCGCACCGCUGCCACUAUAUCCGAGUUCACACAGGGCACAAACCGCACCGCUGCCACAAUGGCUGAGUUCAUAGAGGGCACAAACCGCACCGCUGCCACUAUAUCCGAGUUCACACAGGGCACAAACCGCACCGCUGCCACUAUAUCCGAGUUCACACAGGGCACAAACCGCACCGCUGCCUCUAUAUCCGAGUUCACAUGGCAUGAACCGCACUGCUGCCUCUAUAUCCGAGUUCACACAGGGCACAAACCGCACCGCUGCCACUAUAUCCGAGUUCACACAGGGCACAAACCGCACCGCUGCCACUAUAUCCGAGUUCACACAGGGCACAAACCGCACCGCUGCCACUAUAUCCGAGUUCACACAGGGCACAAACCGCACCGCUGCCACUAUAUCCGAGUUGACACAGGGCACAAACCGCACCGCUGCCACUAUAUCCGAGUUCACACAGGGCACAAAUCGCACCGCUGCCUCUAUAUCCGAGUUCACACAGGGCACAAACCGCACCGCUGCCACUACAUCCGAGUUCACACAGGGCACAAACCGCACCGCUGCCACUAUAUCCGAGUUCACACAGGGCACAAACCGCACCGCUGCCACUAUAUCCGAGUUCACACAGGGCACAAACCGCACCGCUGCCACUAUAUCCGAGUUCACACAGGGCACAAACCGCACCGCUGCCUCUAUAUCCGAGUUCACAUGGCAUGA